AUGAGCUUUUCCGAAAUACUUGGGGAAGAGGCGGUGAGCAGUAGUGGGGCAGCAGUAAGGCUUGGAGCGUCAGAGGGCAGGAGAAGCCUCUUACAAGCAGACUCUGCAGCAAGAAAUUCCACAGCAACGUCAAGUUCCCUGGUUGAUUCAGUGCCCUCAAAUGCAUUAGCUGAAGCUAAAAGAAUGACAAUAGGCAGUGGUACGGGAGAUGAGAGCGAGAGUGCACAGAGCAGGCGGGCGCUGUGGCUUGUGAAGGAAAGAAACGGCAAAGGCAACAGCAACGUUGCGUCUACGAGCAAGCACAGGCCCUCUGGCACCACUCCAUGGCUACCUCCCCACCGCCGCUUCUGGCGUGUGGUUGCUGGGGUGACGAUGAAAGAUUUAGCGGAGUAUGAGACUGCAAGCGUGUAUGCUUUGGCUCUGCAGCAGCAUGUGGUGCCGUCUCUGCUGCAGCUGGUAAGACAGGCAGCAGACGUGGUGUGGGUGGGAGGCUGGGCAGUUCAGGCAGAGGUGGUGGUGGAUAGAGAUGAGGCGCUCAAGAAGGCAGAGAUGGAGGGCGGUGGGGAGGUGGAGGCAGAGAAAGGAGGAGGAGGAGGAGGAGGAGGAGGAGGAGGAGGAGGAGGAGGAGGAGGAGGAGGAGGAGGAGGAGGAGGAGGAGGAGGAGGAGGAGGAGGAGGAGGAGGAGGAGGAGAAGGAAGGGGCGAAAUCGCUGGCGGUAGUGGGGGGGCGAGUGCCGCACACGAAAGCACAGAGAAGGAUGCGGAGGGAGGAGGGGCAGCAGGGAGUUCUGGAGAGGGAAAGCCGUGGCCAGAUGUGGAUGCUCUAGAGCAGUUGGACUUCGGCAGGUGGUUCCCUGGUCGCGGCACAAUGCUGGAAUCCACUAGCGCUCUUCAAAGGUGGGUGAACAAGGCUAGGCGGGCAGUGGAGGAAGGAGGAGGAGGAAAGGAGGGACCAGAAGAGGAUGGGGAAACUUCGAAGUGGGGCUCAGUUGAGGAAGGAGAUGGUGCAAAGGGUGGUGGUAAGGAUGGCUAUGGGGGAGGAAGUAGCAAGCAAGCUCACGGGAGAUUCGGUGCAGCAACAGCUGCUGCAGCAGCAGUCCUAUCACGCAUUUCCAUCACAGAAGUACCCCUGCCACUUCAACCCUUGGCGCCCUACCUCCUACACCUUCCUGGUAAUGAUUCCUCCUCUUCCUCCUCCUCCUCUUCCUCGUCCUCUUCCUCCUCUUCCUUGUCCCCUUCCUCUCCCCUCGCCUACUACCUCCCUUUCUCUCGCGCUGUCCAUCUGGACCACCUGGUCGUGCGUCAGACCCUCGCUCGCUGCUUCGACAUCCGCAACGACUGCCGCAACCUGCGAGCCUCCUCGCUCUCGCGCUACCACCGCGACUGCCUGCCCAAGGACGGAGUCAUGACAGCAGUGGCUGCGGGUGUGAUAGAGCGCUGCGAGAGCUGGUGCCCGGGGGAAACCAUGUGCUGGAACAGCAACAGGAGAGCGGCGGCCGCGCUGUCGAAAGCAGCGCUGAAGGCGCCGGUUAAGCUGAGAAAGGAGGAGGUGCUUCUGGUGGAAGUGAAGGAGGCGUUUGUUACACCUGCUGGGGAGGUCUACGGGGUGGGGUGGAGGCCGCGAGGGGGCGGCGAGGGGAGCAGUGGUGCAUCGAAGGGAGAAGAUGAUGAGAGUAAUGAAGGUGAAGGUGCUGGUGGUGGUGAUGGAGUAAGUGGGGAAGGGGGCGCGGGUGGGUUUGGGGGAGGCUUGGAGUUGGAAGACGGGAUGCUAGCUCUUGACGUGCGAUUAGGGCAGUGCCACCGCCCCAUGGAGCUCCUGCGAGUGAGGACAGACUGGCGGUGGGGCGCUGAGCAUGCAGCACGCACCGUCUUCGUGGCAGAUGCGGAGGAGGAUGGCGUUGUGGCAGCAGUCACUACAUGCCUCGCUCGCAUUGCCCUCUGUAGGGAUCAGCUGCUGCAGGACCAGUCUAUCAGGAUCCACGUGCGGGGGCUGGAAGGAGGGGAGGGGGCGUACCCACACUACCUGCCGUCCAUGCUCUCGUUUCUCUCGAUCUCGCCUGGUCGACUGGUUGCUGGGGACCUCUAUGCACACCGGAUUUAUCUCAUGGACCCCCCCUGCCGUGCUCCCUUUCGAGCUUUGGAUGGGGUUCUACUGCUCAACCUGAGGAGAGUUAUACACGAGAUGCUGAGAGGGCGAAGGGGGGAGGAGGGAAGCGUGAGUGCUGGUGGUGACGCUGCGAUUGACAGCACGGGCGAGAGUGAGGACGGAGGUGCUGGAGCCAGUGAAAGUAGUGAUAGUUUGGGAAGCAAGAGCAGCAAGAAGAAGGUACGAAAUCUCGAUGAGUUUGUUUCCUCUCUUCGGCAGCAAGUAUCACUUCCUGUGGACGUGAUCACAGAUGACGGCAGGCACAACGUCUCCGACCUCUGGCCGCGGUUCUACCAGGCAGCUCUUGUCAUCUCCCCGCACUCGGACGUCCUUGCACAUAUCGUGGCGUGCCGGCAAGGAACGCCGGUGUUGGAGUGGAUGCAGCCAUGGCGUGCUGAAGACCCUGCUAGCGCCAGCCCGCGGUUUCAGACACUGGCUACAGGCCUUGGCCUCCCGUAUUAUGUUUCGGUGGUUGACUUCCAAGACCCGUUCGACGACCCGGAUACAGCAGAAAAGACAAAAUCAGACGAGGAGAGCGAGGGGAAAGCGACGGGCAUGGACUAUAUAGGGGGGUCGUAUGUUGAGGUGAAUGUUCGGCAGCAGGUUCGAAACGUGCUAAGGAUUUUGGAGGAUGUGGAUGCAGGAGAGGGGUGGAAGGAAAAGUCCAUGAAUUCUCUAGGCGGUGAUUUCCCAGCAGCGUCCCUGAAGAACGCGAAGACCCAGUCGCAACCAGUCGACCACCAUUCUGUGUUGAAGAGGUUGCAAUCAGAGUUGAUGAAGCUCAUGACAUCUAGUGAUCCCGGAGUUUCUGCCUUUCCGGAAGGCGACAACAUCUUCUCUUGGGUUGGUACAAUCCAGGGCUCUGCCGGAACCGUGUACGAAGGCUUGACAUACAAACUCAGCCUGAAAUUCCCUUCCGACUACCCGUUUAAGCCUCCGACUGUCAAGUUCGAGACGUACUGCUUUCACCCGAACGUGGACCAGUUCGGUAACAUCUGCCUUGACAUUUUGAAGGACAAGUGGUCAUCCGCUUACGACGUGAGAACCAUUCUCCUCUCCAUCCAGAGCCUUCUUGGAGAACCCAACAAUGAUAGCCCACUGAACGGACAUGCCGCGGCGCUCUGGCCGCAUCAACAAGAGUACCGAGAAAUUUUACAUAAGAAGCAGAAGGAUGCGGAUCUGAAAGGGACUGCUUGA